AACGGUUCGGUUGACCGACCGCCGGCCGGCUGUUUAUUAAAUUUUGACCUCUGUCAUUUUUGAUGUUUUCUUCUAGAAUUUCAUCGUUUGCUCGACCGGUGUCAACAAUUAUUGCAGAGAAUUAUCAUUGUAAAAGUUUCGUUAUUCGUGAUAAUAAAAGACUAUUGUCCACAACAUCAACCAUGUCCAAGUCAGCACUAGUCAUUCUCGCGCAAGGAGCUGAAGAGAUGGAGACGGUCAUCACUGUUGAUAUGCUCCGUCGAGGCGGUGUGACAGUGACGAUGGCGGGCCUUGACGGCAGGGAGCCGGUGCUGUGCUCGCGGCAGGUCACCCUGCUGCCGGACAAGUCGCUGGCCGACGCUCUCGCCGAGACGCCACAGUAUGAUGCUGUGAUCCUGCCCGGCGGUCUGGAAGGUUCAGACCGUCUGUCCAAGUCGAAUGUAGUGGGAACUUUGCUGAAGGAACACGAGAAGUCUGGCCGGAUCAUUGCAGCUAUAUGUGCUGCGCCAACGGCAUUUGUCUCCCACGGCGUGGCCCAAGGUAAACGUGUGACGUCAUACCCCAGUACCAAAGACAAGAUCACUGGUCCCUACACGUAUGUGGAGGGGGAGAGGGUGGUGGUUGACGGGAAUGUCGUCACUAGCAGAGGUCCCGGCACAGCAUAUUGGUUUGGACUGAAGUUGAUCGAGCUGUUGACAGGCAAAGACAAGGCAGACCAGGUUGAGAAGGGAAUGAUCAUCUCUGGUUACUAACCGGGAAUAUAAUGAUAAUAUUCAAUAGUAGUUUUAAGUGUUUUUUUAAGUUUUGUCAGCGAUGACAGUCAGUUUAUAAAAACUCGAAGGUUUUACUUCACUUCUCACUAUCGAGUUGAUUCGAAGUGAGAUGCAGCGAACCAAUCACAUUGCAGUUUGGUUGUCGUUGCGUCACAAUAGCGCGGUGUGAUUGGUUCACUCCCGCCAUCAGUUUCACCGCUUUCUGAUUAGAUAUUUUAUUUAGUCUCUGACAGAUGUGAUUGGACAGUUAGCCGUAUCCAAUUAUUAACUCAUUAAUUUCGAAUAAGUGAAAGGUUUCUUUAAAUAAUAGGUUAAAAACCGGAAUAGUAAGUACUCUUGGUGUAAAAUGAUAUUUUAAGUUAUAAAAAGUAAUAAAAGUGUAACUUUUAUACGUUGAAUAAAAUAUAUUCAUAUGUUUGAAUUUUUGUAUGUUAUUGCAUUGAAAAAUUUGCAAACAUUUCUUUAGUCAUUAUUUAUAUAUUUAUUCAAAUGUUAUUGACAAAGUCAAAGUGUGCACUCAAGACUGCCCAGUGGUUAAGUGAGCGAAUGGUACCAGGUUCAAAUCCUACUCGUGUCACACGAGUUUGUACACCAAUCUGACUCAUGUAUAGUGGUUUUCAUCGACCACCACUUGCUUCCGGUGAAGGAAAACAUCGCGAGGAAAUUUGCACACUGGUUGACAGUUUAGCUCACUAGUACGAAUGCGACUUGCCACUAGAUGUCGGUAGGUAAUCAUAAGUCAUAUCAGAUGCCUUUAGGCGACGAAACGAAACGAUCGAAAGGUCCCAGGUUGGAAACCUGCUCGCGCCACAUGAGUUUGUACACCAAUCUGACUCAUGUAUGAGUAGCUUUCACAGACAACCACCUGUUUCCGGUGAAGGAAAACAUUGCGAGGAAACCUCUGCACACUGGUGGACAGUUUAGUUCACUAGUGUGUAUGCGGCUACCUGCCACUAGAUGGCGGUAUAAUAAAAGCCAUGUCAUAGUCGUAACACCCCUCCCCCCUCCAUUUAGUACAGUCGGGGACACAUAAAUCUGACUCCGAAGUAACUUAAGGAGGUCAGCUGUUUCUACCCUCAACUGUACACGAUAGGAUGGUUCUCAGAGUUUCGAUCGCUCCGUUCGCGCUGUCAAUACCAAUUUUCUUAUGGAAUCAAUUUCAAAAUCAAUAAUUCAUGAAAUUGACAUUACCACAGCACAAAUUAAUUAUUUUAAAGUCAGUAAAAUUAUUUAUUUUUUAAAUUUGAAAAAUUGUAAUGACAGCGCAGGCGUAGCGGUCGAAGCGCUCUGAGAAACACCCGAUACCCAUUUUGUAUGGCAGGCGAGAAGGGAAAUUAAAGACAAUAUGCGAUUUUAUAUAUAUAUAUAUUUCAUACAUGCAUAUACAAUAUUAUGUACUGACAACUAUUAUACGAUAAAAAACUUACAUCUAACACAAAUAAUUUAAUACAAAAGUAUAAAUGCAUUUGACUUUGAGAGUAUUUUUUUGCCAUUUCAAAAGAUUUGACAAGUUACAAAAAACAGAAAAUUUUACACUAUGUCAUUUCUAUGAGAAAUUUGAGCGUGUUCCCAUUGUUCCGUUGCGUUUGCAAC